GUUUCGUGCAGUGCGGGCCAUUGCGGGGACCGUGACUGAUAUAUAAGCCAUCAACGACUCAACUGUGUCUUUCUCACGCGAAAGAAACGGAGAUUACCCAACAAAACAACAAAGCAUGUUGCAGAGACCUAGACGAAGGUGCGAGGGCACGGCCAUGGGUGCCAUCGUUCUGGAUCUUAAGCCCGGGCUUGGAAUAGGGCCUUUCUCCCUUGGGAUGCCGAUCUCCAAAGCGUUUGCUCAAAUAGAGCAACAGCCUAACAUUUACGAUGUUGUCCACGUCAAGUAUUUUGACGAGGAGCCAUUAAAGCUGGAUAUAGUCAUUAGCUUUCCAGAUCAUGGUUUUCAUCUUCGUUUUGAUCCUUGGUCGCAGAGGCUACGCCUUAUUGAGAUUUUUGAUGUUAAACGGCUUCAAAUGCGCUAUGCCACUUCUCUGAUUGGGGGUCCAUCAACUCUAGCUACUUUUGUAGCUGUAUAUGCACUUUUUGGACCAACUUUUCCAGGAAGUUACGACAAAGAUAGAGGUGUUUACACUCUGUUCUACCCGGGUUUAUCUUUUGCUUUUCCGAUUCCCACCCAGUAUACAGAUUGCUGCCAUGAUGGAGAAGCGGAGUUGCCUCUAGAGUUCCCAGAUGGUACUACUCCAGUUACAUGCCGUGUGUCUAUAUAUGAUAGUUCUACAGACAGUAAGGUUGGUGUGGGAUCCUCGAUGGAAAAAGCUUCUGCUCCUCCAUUACCUGCUGGCAGCCUCUACAUGGAAGAGGUGCAUGUUAAGCUUGGGGAAGAAUUACGGUUUACUGUUGGUGGUCAGCAUAUUCCCUUUGGUGCAUCACCACAGGAUGUGUGGACUGAAUUAGGCCGUCCUUGUGGAAUCCAUCAAAAGCAGGUUGACCAAAUGGUAAUUCACUCUGCCUCAGAUCCUCGCCCACGGACAACUCUCUGUGGUGAUUACUUCUACAAUUAUUUUGAUCGUGGUUUGGACAUACUAUUUGAUGGGCAGACUCAUAAAAUCAAGAAAUUUGUCUUGCACACAAACUAUCCUGGGCAUGCAGAUUUUAAUUCAUACAUGAAAUGCAACUUUGUUAUCUAUGGUUCUGAUUUUGGUGGUUCUUUUCAGGAAGUAAAAAUGUCCAAACACAGAAUUACGCCAAGCACAAAAUGGGAGCAAGUGAAGGAAAUCCUUGGGGACUGUGGCCGUGCAGCUAUUCAAACGCAAGGUUCUACAAACAAUCCAUUUGGAUCUACUUUUGUGUAUGGUUAUCAAAAUGUUGCAUUUGAGGUAAUGAAGAAUGGAUAUAUUGCAACUGUAACUCUCUUCCAGUCGUGAUUAAACAUUGAAUGGGAGCAGAUGAUUUGUACAGUCAAGGUUUCAACAGUAAAUACUGCUCCAAAUCCUCUUGAUGGGAAGCAAGUAAAAUAAUUGUACAGUUGUGUGAUGAUUUGUACAGUUUAUUCAAAGUCUUGUACAUGUAAUUCACCAGGUAUCCUCUGCCAGUAAAUUGAAUGGAAAAUUGUCUGCAAUGCCUUCCAGCAUCUGAGGCAAUUCCUCAGUGACUAGACAUUUGUGCUACAUGAGCUUCGAGAUGAACAUGCUGGUGGCUUAGAAAAUUCUUGUACUAAUGGCAGUAAGGGUUGAUAUUUA